UUAGUGGUCCGCAUAACCCAAUAUUUGAAAAUUAUGGAGGUGCAGGCCCAAGUACUUCGAAUCAUCAACAAGAAAUCCAAGAAAGAACAGCGAAGGAAAAACGUGAGAAGAAAAGUGUUUUCUCGACUCGAGAUGUUAGAAGGUGCUAAAUCAAUAUGUGCCGGAGCUGCUACAAUUGCUUUAGCCGGAGCUGCCGUCGGCAUUGGAAAUGUCCUCAGUUCUUUGAUUCAUUCCGUGGCGCAAAAUCCAUCAUUGGCUAAACAAUCAUUUGGUUAUGCCAUUUUGGGCUUUGCUCUCACCGAAGCUAUUGCAUUGUUUGCCCCAAUGAUGGCCUUUCUGAUCUCAUUCGUUUUCUGAUUGCAUAAAAAGUCAUGAGAUCAAAAAAGAAAUGUGAGAAUGUAGUUACA